GGAGUUCAGUGACAGCUUGGAGAAGCAGAAUGAGGCUCGAUAUCUGCAGGACCACAAAGAGGAACUCAUAGAGGAACUCGCCACAACUAUCGUACAAAAAAUCAUCCAGAGGAGGAAGCGCUCGGAGAUGCAGACAGAGUACGACUUUGUCUGGCCGCAGCCUCAGAAUCUGAUCCAGUCCGGUGAACUCGCCUCUCCGUCGCAGCCUCAAGCGUCUUCACAAGCCCCCCAGGACCCUCUGAAGACCUCCUACUCUCUGUGGCGUUCGCGCUCAGCGUUCUCCCUCACCAGUGACGACUCCCCAGAGAAGGGUCUGGAGGAAGAGGGGGGGGCCCAGGCCGGUGGAGGAGAUUACACCUCUCUAAAGAGGGAGGGCAAGGCCACAGCACUCCCCAGCUGGAAGAGUGUGGACCGCCUGGACAACUCCA